AUGACGGGCUUGCAGUACAUGUCAGGAUUUGGAAAUGAACAUGCUUCUGAGGAUCCACGUUGUCCAGGAGCUUUACCGGAGGGACAGAAUAAUCCACAAGUCUGCCCAUAUGGCUUGUAUGCUGAGCAGCUCUCAGGCUCUGCCUUCACCUGUCCCAGGCCCACAAACAAGAGAAGCUGGCUGUAUCGGAUCCUGCCUUCAGUCUGCCAUAAACCUUUCAAACCUCUCAAGGAGGGCCACUUGACACACAACUGGGAUGAAGUUGAACCUGACCCCAACCAGCUGCGAUGGAAACCUUUCGAGAUCCCAAAAGCCCCUCAGAAUAAGGUGGACUUUGUGAGCGGACUGCACACCUUAUGUGGUGCUGGUGAGCCCAGAGGACGCAAUGGCAUCGCCAUCCAUAUUUAUGUCUGCAACACCUCCAUGCUCAACAGAUGCCUUUAUAAUUCGGAUGGUGACUUCCUGAUUGUGCCUCAGCAAGGGAAAAUGCUCAUCACAACUGAGUUUGGGAAGAUGAUGGUGGAGCCCAAUGAAAUCUGUGUCAUUCAGUUAGGAAUGCGUUUCAGUGUGGAGGUGUUUGGAGAGACCAGAGGCUACAUCCUGGAAGUGUAUGGGGCACAUUUUGAGCUGCCUGACCUGGGACCCAUUGGAGCCAAUGGCCUGGCCAACCCACGUGAUUUCUUGGUGCCUGUUGCAUGGUAUGAGGACCGCCAAGUGCCAGGAGGUUACACAGUGAUCAGCAAGUACCAGGGCAAGCUGUUUGCAGCCCAGCAGGAAUUCUCCCCCUUCAAUGUUGUAGCCUGGCAUGGGAACUACACACCGUACAAGUACCCUCUGGACAAAUUCAUGGUCAUUAAUGCUGUUGCUUUUGACCACGCGGAUCCUUCUAUCUUCACUGUCCUGACAGCCAAGACGACCCGUCCUGGAGUGGCCCUGGCUGACUUUGUCAUAUUUCCUCCACGAUGGGGGGUAGCUAACAACACCUUCCGGCCACCAUACUACCACCGGAACUGCAUGAGUGAGUUCAUGGGGCUCAUCACAGGCCACUAUGAAGCAAAGGAGGAAGGCUUCCAGCCUGGAGGGGGCAGCUUGCACAGCAUGAUGACUCCUCAUGGGCCAGAUGCUGACUGUUUUGAGAAAGCAAGCAAAGCCAAGCUGGAGCCUGAGAGGGUUGCAGAAGGAACCAUGGCCUUCAUGUUUGAAACUUCCCUCAGUCUUGCUGUCACCAAGUGGGGCCUCCAGACUUGCAACCGCCUAGAUAAAAGCUACUACCAGUGCUGGGAACCUCUGAAGAGCCAUUUCAACCCUAAGUGCAAGUAA